GCUCACAGAUGGACAUUGAGUUGAUGAUUCGGUCAGUUUGGAUUAUGUAAGUGGAGAGAAGUCGUAACUAAACUAAAUUGCAUAUGAGACAUCUGUAUGCUGUAGCGGUGGAGGUCCAAGGAGCCUAGAAAUAACUAAGUCAGAAAAAGACCCGAGGGGGGGAUAGGAAGUGUGUGCAUCUCAAGAGGCUGGGUCGCAGCAGGUGCUUCCUCUGACAAACACACACGACAGACCGCUCCUUAUCAUCUUCCUAGUCCAGUUAACCUUGUCACUCUCGCUCUUUCUCUCACACAGAAGCGCUCUAAGGCUGUGCCCUUGCCCAGAACAAAAGAAAAAAAGAAAACGGCACCCUGCAAUAACUCUGCGGACCCCAAGUAAAUAGAAACUGAAGAAUGGAAGGCUCCAGAAUCUCUCUCCAUCUUCUCUUCUUCCUUCUGAUUGGACAAGUUUCACACACCAGCAUUACUCAGCCUCAGACCACUAAUGCCAUAUAUCCAACUGACAUAACCUCAAUUACCCAAGAGGAAAACGACACCUCCAGCUCUCCCACAAAGGCCACCACGGGCUGCCUCAUCAAGCCCCAGUUGGGCUUCAUAGUGGUGACCUGCGCUGGGGGCCUGGUCCUGUUUCUGCUCGUCUCUACUGUGGUCCUGGCCUCCCAGGUGUGCAGUCUUAGGCGCCAGGCCCGUGCCCCUCGCCCCGCCCGCAGUAACGUGGACCUGGUGAGUGGCGCGGGCUACUGGGACACGGAGCACUCUGAGGGGGGCAUAGUGGGGCCCUGUGAUACCAGUGUCAUGUUGGAGGAGGUCCGUUUGGAUGGAGAAGAGGAUGAAGAGCAGGGGGAAGAAGAGGAGGAGGAAAAGGAGGAGGAGCAGGCAGAAGGGGUCAGAGGCCAAACAGGGGAUGCGAGAACAACUGGCGAAAUAGCCAUGCAGAUGCAGAGUUCCAGCUCCAGGGAUUUGUGUCUGGAAAUCCCCCAGGAUCUAGAGAACAUGCCCCUAGUGGUGUGAGUAGAGCAUUGCAUGCACUCCCUCUCCAGCCUCAGAGAGCCAUGGCCUGGCUCAGAGCUGAACUUCACUCAGGCAUAGAUAUCAACAGGCCAGAUCAGCUCCAGUCUUGUGCCUCAAGUCAAAACAAAGAGUAUUUGUUAUUUGUUUUAAUAAGUACUCCAGCUAUAUGUAAUCCAUUUUAGGAGCUUUUACAUAUUUGCUUUGUAAACUGCAUUAAUCUGAUUUGGAAUGAUUUUGUCUCAAAUGUAUUUCUAUAGAGAACAUUUGAAUAGGCUGUUGGGAACAGCAAGACAUUAAUUUGAAAUAAUGUGCUACGAACAGCACACUACUGCCAACUGCCCAAGUUAAUUACGCUUACAGCUUACUACGAAGGUUCAGGAUCUUUGUACGGGGGGGGGUCACUUAUAUUUUACAUUUGAGUCAUUUAGCAGACGCUCUUAUCCAGAGUGACUUACAGGAGCAACUAGGGUAAAUUACCUUGCUCAAGGGCAUAUUGACAAAUUAAAAACAGUGACCUUUCGGUUACUGGCCCAAAGCUCUUAACUGCCAAAUUCAAUCAUAUUAGCAGUACACUAUGCCAACUUCUCUUAAUGGCAGAGGUACUGAGAAUAUUUGAUUAAUUAAGUGUAACAAAAGGGUAUUAAGCUUACGUAGAAAGUAUAUUUUGUUGAAGAUUGAAAUGAUAGAAGCUUAAUGAAGCCCCCCCCCCCCCCUAUUGACACUGUUGGCUAAAAGAUUCCUUCUCAGCAAACAAGCACUCAAACAUUGUCUACCAUAUAUAUAACUGAAUGUGGUCGCUUCUCCCCAAGACAUUAAAUGUCAAACAUUUUAUAAUAUAUGUUGUCCAAUCUAAACUGUCCUAUCUACCUGUAUUAAAAAAAUAUAAUAAUAAAACACACUCAAAUAUGCCAACAUGCUUGCUGGUCAGAUGUGAGUUCAGUUAAAAUGAUUACUUUCCACCAACUUGAUGUGAACUUCCUUUCCUUUAUCUGAAGUGAUUCCACGCACAAAUACUAUACCAAGGGUAAACUUUGAACAUCUUGUUUCCAUCGGUGGCUGGGCACAGAGAUAGCAUUGGGCCUGCCAAGCCUACUUGUUACAUCAAUAAGUCUUCCCCUCAACCUUCACGUGUCAGUCGAGCAGUCACAGAACUCCGAACUCAUUUGUUUCCACUCCUCUCUACUAAGUCUAACUUCUUUUCUCUUUUCUGUAAAAAUACAAUAUUUGUUUAAAUGCCACAACCCAAAUAAAUGGAGGUUUUGUGAA